AUGGAUGAGUUGGAACAUUUAUCCUUAGUUUCGAAAGUCUGUACGGAAUUGGACAACCAUUUCGGUAUCAAGGACAAAGAUGUGGCUGAAUUCAUCAUUGAAUUGGCAACCAAGAAUAAUACGUAUGAAAAAUUCAAAAGAGCACUGGAAGAGCAAGGUCUUGGAGAACAGUUCGAUGACUCACUGACAGCCAAUUUGCUACGUCUAAUCCAGCACAUGUUACCGAAGAAGAAAAGUCAGCAGGCUGGAACAAGCUCUUCUCACAAGAUUACGCUGAUUUCUGACGCCAAAGAAGAAAUAAAGGCCAGGCUUCCGGCACUCGCUUUACCGAAUAGCAACACCGAAGACAUGAUGAGUCAACUGGAGAAUCUUGUUCCAAAGUGGAAAGAAGCGAAAAAAGAGGAGGUAACAGAAGAAGAAACUCCAAGGACAGUAUUGUCGACCUCUCGUCAGCGAGAAAAGAAGCGUACAAGGAGCAGAUCAAGAAAUGGUAAACAUUACCAUCGGAGUCGAAGCAGAAGCAGGAGCAGAGGUGGAGGUGGAAGCAGGAACAGAAGGCAACGAAGUCGCUCUCGAUCAAGGUCUAGGUCGCCUUCACGAGUCCGACGAAGUGACGACAGAAGUGGAAGAUACGACAGAAAUCGAAAGGACGGAAGAUCUCGUGAUGACUCUAGGGACAGGCAUACUCAAAGGCGUGAUCGUUCAAACCGAGACAACAGGAGGUCUAGCAAGGAGCGAGGAAGAAACGAUCGCGAUAGAUUUCACAAGGAUUUGCCGGAUGCACCUGAGAUUGGUCAAAUCUACAACGGUAGCGUGGUCAGCAUACAGUCGUUUGGAGCGUUUAUUCAGCUAGAAGGUAUACGACAGCAAACACAAGGAUUGUGUCACAUUUCGCAGUUGAAGAAUGAAAGAGUAAACGCUGUCGCGGACGUGCUCAGUAGAGGUCAACACGUUAAAGUAAAGGUGUUAAAAAUUGAAGGAGGAAAAAUUUCUCUUUCAAUGAAGGAAGUCGACCAAUCAACAGGGAAGGAUCUCAAUCCUGUAGAAGCUCCGUUGGCAGCGGAUGCAGUCGGUGUGAACAGUUUGCGAAAUCCUGAGGCGCCAUGGGCCAACCCUGAGGUGGCGGGGUCUUCAAACGCCAUUGCUCCAACUACUAGUGGGAAGAGCCGAGUGCGGAUGUCAACACCGGAAAGGUGGGAAUGGCAGCAAAUGGUGGGCGCUGGCGUGGUUACCAACUUGGAUCGCCCUGAUUUUGAUGAGGAUUCUGGUGUCCUGAGAGGGGAAGAGGAAGAAAGUGAUGGUGAAGACUACGAAGUUGAGCUUGUUGAGGAAGAGCCAGAAUUCCUACGUGGAUAUGGAAAAGGAAAUCAAGAAAUUGAGCCGGUUAAAGUAGUGAAGAAUCCUGAUGGCAGCAUGGCACAGGCGGCGCUUAUGCAGAGCGCUUUGUCCAAGGAGCGAAGAGAGUCAAAAAUACAAGCUCAGCGAGAAAAAGAUGGCGAACGGAACACGGGGUUACGAUCUACCAGUUCUAGGAUUUUAGAUCCUAUGCAAGAGCGUGAAGUUGAUAACGACGAUGCUAGAGGAUCUGCAAGAAGAGACAAACACGUUACAGCUGGAGGCAAGGCUACUUAUGGAAAGCGCACGAAUCUGAGUAUGAAGGAACAACGAGAAUCUUUACCGAUAUUCCAGUUGAAGAAAGCAUUGAUUCAGGCAAUGAUUGACAAUCAAAUUCUUGUGGUCAUCGGUGAAACUGGUUCUGGAAAAACUACGCAGAUUACCCAAUACGCUGUUGAAGCUGGCUUUACGCGGAAGGGUAAAAUUGGUUGUACCCAGCCAAGACGUGUCGCUGCAAUGUCUGUUGCGAAACGCGUUGCUGAAGAGUUUGGCGCUAAACUUGGUCAAGAAGUCGGUCAAGAUACAAUCAUAAAAUACAUGACUGAUGGUAUGCUUCUACGUGAAUGCCUAGUUGACCCUGAUCUCAUGUCAUACUCUCUCAUAAUGUUGGACGAGGCUCACGAAAGGACUAUCAAUACCGACGCAGCUGCAAAAAAACGACCUGAUCUCAAACUUAUUAUAACAAGUGCGACUCUUGAUGCAGUUAAAUUUUCGGAAUAUUUCUUGGAAGCUCCUAUUUUCACAAUCCCUGGUCGAACUUUCCCCGUCGAAAUACUGUAUACGAGAGAGCCGGAAACUGAUUAUUUGGAUGCUGCACACAUAACAGUUAUGCAAAUCCAUUUAACGGAACCUCCCGGAGACAUUCUUGUCUUCCUCACAGGACAGGAAGAAAUUGACACCUCUUGUGAGGUACUGUAUGAACGAAUGAAAGCACUUGGACCUGAUGUUCCUGAAUUGCUUAUUCUACCUGUAUAUGGAGCGUUGCCAUCUGAAAUGCAAACCCGUAUAUUCGAUCCAGCUCCUCCAGGGAAGCGAAAGGUUGUCAUUGCGACGAAUAUCGCGGAAACCUCGUUAACCAUUGAUGGGAUAUACUUCGUAGUCGAUCCUGGCUUUGUGAAGCAGAAAAUCUACAAUCCAAAGAGCGGGAUGGAUUCUUUGGUGGUUACUCCGAUUAGUCAGGCUGCUGCCAAGCAGCGUGCUGGACGUGCAGGACGAACAGGGCCUGGCAAGUGCUAUCGACUUUACACGGAGCGCGCCUAUCGGGAUGAAAUGCUGCCAACGCCCGUACCAGAGAUUCAGCGUACCAAUCUUGCUUCAACGUUGCUGUCCUUGAAGGCCAUGGGUAUCAACAAUCUCAUCGAUUUCGAUUUCAUGGAUGCUCCUCCAUUGGAUUCGAUGAUAACGGCCCUUCAUCAACUGCAUACUUUAUCGGCACUGGAUGGUGAUGGCUUAUUGACAAAACUUGGUCGCCGAAUGGCAGAGUUCCCAUUGGAGCCUUCUUUGGCAAAGCUGCUCAUUAUGUCUGUGGAGUUAGGAUGCUCUGACGAAGUACUAACUAUUGUGUCAAUGCUCUCUGUGCAGAAUGUCUUUUACCGGCCGAAGGAAAAACAAGAACAAGCUGAUCAGAAAAAGGCAAAGUUCCAUCAGCCCGAGGGCGACCAUAUGACGCUCCUUGCCGUGUACAACUCGUGGAAGCACCACCACUUCAGUCAGCCGUGGUGCUUUGAGAACUAUGUCCAAAUAAGAACUCUCAAGCGUGCGCAGGAUAUUCGGAAACAGCUUCUUGGUAUCAUGGAUCGCCACAAACUCGAUCUAGUCAGUUGUGGUCGCGACGUUCAGCGAAUACAGAAGGCAAUUUGCUCUGGCUUCUUCAAAAAUGCAGCGAAACGAGAUCCUCAGGAAGGUUAUCGUACUCUUGUGGAUGGACAGAACGUUUUCAUACAUCCUUCGUCUGCAUUGUUCCAGAAUCAACCAGAAUGGGUUGUUUACCAUGAGCUUGUUAUGACGACCAAGGAAUACAUGCGAGAGGUUACCGCCAUCGAUCCACGAUGGCUAGUAGAAUUUGCGCCGUCAUUUUUCAAGAUGGGCGAUUCGACAAAGUUGUCGGCAUUCAAGAAGAACCAGAAAAUCGACCCACUUUUCGACAAGUAUGCGGAUGCAAACGCUUGGCGUAUCACUCGAGUCAAGAAGAAGAUUUACAAUCCGAACAGAUAA